CGUGACCGCUCCCUUCAGGGCGGGCCUCCCUCGCUGUCCCUGAAAAGGAAGCGGAGCCGGCCCGAGCGGCUUCCAGGGCGAGGACGAGAGCAGCAGGGACCAUCUGCAAGGCUGACUGGUUGCUAGAGAAUUGCAGAUUUAUUGCCAUGGCAGGAAACAGAGGGACUAUCAAGGGGGCCUCCAGCUUUCACCCUGAGGCCGAUGCCCAGCAACUCCGCAAAGCUAUGAAAGGCUUGGGUACUGAUGAAGAUGCCAUCAUUGAGGUUUUGGUCAACAGGAACUUGUCCCAACGGCAGGAGAUUAAGAUCGCCUACAAAUCCACAAUUGGUCGGGAUUUGAUUAAUGACCUGAAAUCUGAGCUGAGUAAGAAUUUUGAGAACGUUAUUAUUGGAUUGAUGACUCCUAUCACCUUGUAUGAUGUGGAAGAGCUGAAAAGAGCAAUGAAGGGGGCUGGGACAGAUGAAAGCUGCCUGAUAGAAAUCUUGGCCUCUCGUACCAACGAGGAAAUCCGGAGAAUUAAUGACACCUAUCAUCGUCAGUAUGGGACCUCCCUGGAGAAAGACAUUGCUUCAGACACCUCCUCCAAGUUCCGAAGAGUCCUGGUAUCCCUGUCAACUGGCAACAGAGAUGACAGUUCAUAUGUUGACCAGGGGCUGGUCCAAGAGGAUGCCAAGUGCCUGUAUGAAGCAGGGGAGAACAAAUGGGGCACCAGUGAGGGCCAGUUCAUUACCAUCUUGUGCUCCAGAAACAGGAGCCAUCUGCUAAGGGUAUUUGAUGAAUACAAGAAAAUUGCUAACAAAGAUAUUACGGAGAGCAUUAAAUCCGAGAUGUCUGGAGACCUUGAAGAUGCCUUGCUGGCAAUAGUGAAAUGCUUGAGAAACAAACCUGCAUACUUUGCUGAACGGCUGUACAAAUCUAUGAAGGGCUUGGGCACCGAUGAUAACACCCUGAUCCGUGUGAUGGUCUCUCGCUGCGAGAUCGAUAUGAUUGAUAUUAAGGCGGAGUUCAAGCGCAUGUAUGGAAAAUCCCUCUACUCUUUCAUUAAGGACGACACCUCAGGGGACUACAGGAAAGUCCUCCUCCUUCUGUGUGGCGGGGACAACUAAGAGCUUCCAGGUUUCUUCCCCAUCUUGGCGCUCAGGAAUUUUGGGAGUUGAAGUCCACCAGUCAUAAAAGGGCCAUCGUUCCCCUGCCGCAGAUGACAAGUAGUCAAACCUUUCGCGGAAAUGCUUUUUAAAAUGCCAAUCAUAUCGCGCUAAGCUAACAUUGAUUGUACCUCUGCCCUCUCCGAUUUCUA